UGUACCGAUCGGGUGUAUCGAUGAAACCCGAGACGGUGUUCGGAGGCCGACCGGGUAGCGUUCGACGGUCGCGUACACGGGGAGGACGCGUACAACGGCGGACACCCACUCGGCUGGUAAUCUCUCAUAAUGGUAUAAUAUUAUUCGAUUAUAAUCCCCAGGGGAUCGUGUAAACGAUAGCAACACGGUAUUCGAUGUUUUUCACCCUGUAGAGGUAUUUUGAAAAUUGAUUUUGACAGCACCACGCGCGCCGCAUCCGCUGUGUGCACACCGUUUUACAGCUCAAACAUAUUGCUGUACGUUACUGUUUAUAUUGCACAACGAUUUGUUUCUUUUUUUUACCUUUCGACUUGUGGUGGUACUCGCGAUUGAAGGUACGCGUAGUUCCCAUAGUCUUUGAUGUGCGCGUACAAAGAAUGUUGAUUUUUUUUCACUCGUAAAAAGGUUCGUGUAACUGUUUAGCUAUGAAUACACGACGAUCGCCCAAAAAAAUAAAUACAAUACCAAAAAAAAGUAAAAACGAGUUCCGAGUGAAAUUGAUAGUGAUUCGGUCAAUUCAUUCGACACAAAGAGACGAUUUAAACGACGUUGUAUAUUUUGUUCUGUCCGAGUCAAAAAAUGUUAUUAGCCCGCUUAUUAGUGACUAUAGUGAACGGUAUAGUUUAUCUGUAUAAGUCGUAAAAUAAUAUUUCAUGUCAAAUAAAAUUUUUAAUCUCGUGAUCAGUAAGAUUUGGUAAUUUCAGUAACAAAAAUGACUCUACUUUUUAUUUGUACACAUUUUCAAUACAUUGCAAUUUAUAAAACAGAAACUAAUACAACUAACAGGUGUAAGGAGAAGUUAAACACGUUGGCGAUAAGCGUAAUGAAUCAGUGGAGGAACGUCCACCUGCGAGUGAUCGACGGUUGGGGAGACCGGUUCGGCGUGAGCUUGCACAGCGAGGGCCGGGCAGUGGACAUCACAACGUCUGACAGGGAUAAGUCCAAGUACGGCAUGUUGGCUCGGCUCGCCGUCCAGUCCGGGUUCGAUUGGGUCAACUACAGACGAGGAUACAUACACUGCUCCUGCAAAUCGGAAACCAAAAUCAACACAAGGUCGAUGGGUUGCUUUACCGGUGACAGUACGGUGACCACUUUGGCCGGCAAGAAGCCCAUGAAAGACCUGAAGGUCGGAGAAUCUGUUUUGGCGCUCACCAACGACGGCCAGUUGAGAAUGAGCAAAGUGCUGUUGUUCCUGGACAGGAGUACGACAGCCAGAACGGACUUCGUGACGCUGGUGACGGACACUGGCAAGUCCAUUACGGCUACGCCAACUCAUUUGGUGCUCCGCUGGGAAAAGGCGGAACGAUCACAGAUUUGGAACGCAAACCCCGUGCUCGCCAAACGCAUCCGUGUCAACGACACGUUACUGACCGUCGUUCACCACAGCAAAGGCUUGCAAGCCGAGCGCGUUGUGGAAGUUCGGCACAUCGAGAGACAAGGACUGUACGCUCCGCUGACCGUUGACGGCACGGUGGUUGUCGACGACAUAGUGGCGUCUUGUUACGCCGUGCUCGACAGUCAACGAUUGGCUCACUGGGCUUUCUUGCCCGCCAGAAUGGUGGCUGCUGCUCGGGCUUCCUUCAACGGAUUCAUUUGGCGUUUAGCUCAUCCGCUAACCUCUGGCGCUCCGGAUAAUUUAGUAGACAAUAAUGAUCCUCCCGAAGGCAUUCAUUGGUACCCCAGGAUGCUGUACGCCAUAUCGGGAUAUGUCAUACCGGCUAGUUGGAUGGACUCGCAUUGAAUGAAUAAACGAUUAUCAAGAUUAUAUCGUGAUUAACAAACAAAUAAUUUAUUCAAUGAUUAUGCACACUUGAGAUUUUAUCGGUACGAGUACUAUGCAUACUUUUUCUCCUUUAAUGUUGGCAUCAUUGUGUUUAAAAAUCCCAGCCACUAUCCCAAAUGUACAUCUUAUACCAAAAAUAUUUUAAAAUUUUCAUUGUAGUAAAGUGUCUUUUGAGUAUGAAUGAAACAAUAAAACUUUUUACUAAUAUAUAUAAAUUUUUUUUUAUUAACAUUUAUGUUUACCAAUUCUUUUUACUUACAAUUCGUCUGUAUAUUUAUUAUUUUAAUUAUGUAUUUACUCUCAAUAAUUUCUUCAUCCAACAUUAAUCAAUGUCAUUUUGUAAGGAUAUUUUAUUGGAAACUAAUGUAAUUAUUUAAAUGUUAUGCUUAUAAUUUAUAGAAGCAUAUAUAUAUUAGUAUCACAAUGCAUUUACGAACAAUUUAACAAGAUACAAUAUAGACACUAUUUUACGAUUGUUGAAUGAUAAUUUUACUUCUUAGCAUAUUUUUCAUUAACUUCCUUCCUACAUAAAUUGUGAAAUGCAAUAUUUCUAAAAAUAUAAUUAUCAUUUUCUAAUAGUUUUAAUGUUGUAUUAUUUUGUAAGAUGUCACAUAUUAAAUAUAUAUUUAUUACUAUUUUGAAGAUACAUAAAAUGCUAUAAUAAUGUAAAUUAUAUUUAAGUGUUGACAAACACUGUUGUUAUUUAUACAUUGUAUAUAUGUAAAAUAUGAAAUGUAUAAUACUAUGUGUACACCUAUUUAUUAUCUUAUAUCUAUGUAUUUUAAAAUUAAGCUCAAAUAUUAUGUAAAAACAUGUACUUGUAUAGUAAAAAAAUAAACGAAACCAAAUCAAAAUCUAUUGUAAUAUCAUAAAUAUUUUUUUUAUUUAAAAUUAAACAAAUUUAUCAUAAAAAUUGUA